GUUUAACAACACUGUCCACCAGUUCGACGCAGUCUGGCAGCAUUGAUCGUCUAUUCCUAUUUUUGAAUCCAACCGAAGGGAAUUCCGAUUUGACAAGCGCCACAAGUUUGAAUUUAAUAAAUCGCGAUUCGUGAAAAGUGGCAGGCAACCGUUACUCGUAAAAGAUUAGGGAAUCCAAAUAUACCGCUUGCAGGAAUAAAUAGACGAAAUUCGAAGUCCCAAUCAAAACAACAACCGCAAAAUAAGCAAAAGCAAUAACCAACAACCAACCGACAACAACCUUCCAGUUCGGAGCUCGUGGAAUGCGGCUGAGCAAGUUGGAGCUGUUGCCACCAAUUCUUUACCAGUGUGUGGUUGUGGUGUGUGGUGUGCGGUGUGUUGUGUGAGGCAGGAGCAGUCGCAUCGCGUGUGUAACGUGUGCUUGUGAGUUGAGCAGGUUUGCAGUGGGCACAGUGGGUCGCUUCGUAUGCCACGACAAGUCCUUUGAUAUAAAUGCACCUCGAAACUGUUUCCAAAUCUGUGGCACGAUUCGGAUAUAACUCCUAUUCGGACGAUUAGUACUGUUUUCGCGCAAGGUCCUUGGCAGCCAGUCCAGAAUGUGAUCGGAGUGAGGGGCCAAACCGCCGGAAAUGCUGAAGCACGCCUCGACGACGAGCAGUGCCGCUGCGACCGCCACCGGUGCCGUGGCGAUAAACCCGCUGUCCACUUUGCUGGGCGGCCAGCUGCUGCGCACCGCCGCCGCCGCCAACAGCAGCAGCAGCAGCAGCCACAUCAAUUGCAAUGGCAACAGUAACUGCAACAGCAAUUGCAACAGCAACGGCAAUAGCAACGGCAACGGCAACAGCAACACGAAUAGCAACAGCAACAGCAAUAGCAGCAGCAACAACCACACUGGAAGCAGUGGCAGUGGCCACAACACACCCCCAGUUGUGGAAACGGAAGUGGGUAUCGCUACCACUGGUAAUGCAACUGCCACCACCACUGGCAGCAACAGCAACACUAACACCAACGGUAGCUCACCGACACCAGCAGCAGCAGCAGCAGCAGCAGCAGCAACAGCAGCUGCCGUGGCCAGCACCGCGCGCAACAUCCACCUGCGACCGCCGCAGCCGUUGAACAUAUCCGCCCUGAAUGCCUCCGCUUCGAGCACGCUGCUCAACGAGAACGGCGGUCGCGUGGGCAAUUCCUCCACGCUGCUGAACAUUGUCCCGCCCAGUACGCCGCUCAAGCCGCUGACACCGCUUACACCACUGACCCCGCUGACCCCGCUCACCCCGCUCACCCAGCUGACCCCCAAUGGACACUUUCUGGGCAAUGGGAGCGUUCACCACCACACCUACACGAAUCAGCACAUCCUGGCCAGCAGUGGUGGCCACCAGCAGCAUCACCAGCAGCAGCAGCAACAGCAACAACAGCAGCAACAGCAGCAACAUCUGUCGCAGCAACAUCAUGGGCAAACGCAACAGCCUGCACAGGCGCAGACGCACAACCUCAGCCAGGUGCCGCUCAACAACUACAGGAACUACGGCCACCUGACCGCCAAUCCUGUGCGCCACAAGCUGCCCAAAUCGGGACCCUCGCCCCGCGAGGCACUCACCAGCCUGGGACUCCUCUGCCUCAUUUCCCUGCUUCUGGCGCUGCUGUCGCUCAUCUUCCUGCUGAGAAUCUCGCCGAACGGACGCGAGGACGCCAUGGGUCGGGGCGCCAGCGGCGAGGACUUCAUCGUGGUAUACGACGUCACCCUGGCUCUGGGGGCACUCUCCCUGUCGCUGAACCUGUGCUGCCUGCUGGUCUGCGCCAUCCAGUUCCUGUUCGCCGUGAAGCUGCGCGAGCCGGCCUUCGAGGGCAGGGAGAACCAGUACCUGGCCAAGUCCAGUGCCAGCCGCACCUGCGCCGUCAGCGGCUUCUUCAUCUCCAUACCGGUCUUCCUCACCGGCCUCAUUCUGUACACCUUCAGUCACUUCCACUCGACGCCGGCGAUCGUCACCAGCCUGCUGAUUGGCGUGGGCAUCGUCUUCUGCGGCGGCGCCAUGGUGCACAACGUCUUUGUGUGGCAGCGCGAGAAGACCAUCAGCUAUAGGGGUGCUCCGCCGGGACUGGCGCACAAUUUGUCGGUGAUAUCGGGCGCCCAAAUGCCGCUGCCGCUGCAGCUGCCCGUGGCAAUGUCCCUGCCCCUGGCCAUGGCGCCAGGUCCUCCGUUCCACGGAUACCAGGGCCACCAGGUGGUGCCCAAUCUGGUGCCGCCCUCCGUGACGGCAGUGUCGCCCAAUCACUCGCACGGCAGCUUCAAUCCGCUGCUCAGCAGCAAUCUGCUCAACGGCGGUACAGGCGGAGGUUGCUGCGGUGGCGGAGGAGGAGGAGGAGGAGGAGGAGGAGCUAUGGGGGCCAUUAACUCGUCGUUCCUGGUGCGUCCUGCCACGGCCACGCCGCCCACGCCCACGCCCAGGAUCCUGACGGCUGGACGCGAGGCCAGCGGAUCAGUGAGUCCCGGCAUCCCGCCCACGCUGGACAUGAGCAACAUGUCCGUCCUGCUGCACGAGCUCUCCACGCUCGUCUAGACCCGGAGUCCCAAUCCAAAUCAAAGCCCGAAUCUGAAGUAGACUAAGCAUAUAGACUUACAAAUGGACGAUAUCCACCGCCCACAUCCACAUCUUGCCGAAUCGUAGAUUUAAGAACGCCUCUUGUAAAUAUCUGUACAUAUGUAUGCAUCCGAGCUAUCGAACAAAUAGCAUCGUUGUAAGUAAAAGUAAUACACAACUGCAAAGCCAUUUUAGUUUAAUUCAAUUUUCCGGUUGGCGGAUUAAUUGUAUCCUAGUUAUUUUUCAAGCUAUACUUUAUAUACUAUAUACUAGCGGAUCGGACAAAUUAGAUUGGAUAUGUUGUAUGAAAGUCAUACAAAAUACUAGGUGUUUCA